GCUGCUGUGAUGCUCUGAGGGUGCUGGUGCUGCAGCUCCGGCCCCAGGACCCCGUUCUCCGCAUGGAGGUGCCCCCAUGGCUUUCCUCCGCAGGCUCUUUGGCUCUGGGGAGAAGAAGAAGCCCCCGAAGCAGCACGAGCGCAUCAGGAGGGACGCGGACCCCGAGGAGACCUGGCUGCUGCUGGGGGAGCUGGGGGAUGGCGCCUUCGGCAAGGUCUUUAAGGCACAGAACAGGGUGACGGGGGCCCUGGCAGCCGCUAAGGUCAUUGAUGCCCCGAGUGAGGAGGAGCUGGAGGACCACGUGGUGGAGAUUGAGAUCUUGGCCUGCUGCGACCACCCCAACAUCACCAAGCUGCUGGAUGCGCUCUAUUGGGACGGGCGGCUCUGGAUCCUGGUGGAGUUUUGUCCAGGAGGGGCCGUGGAUGCAGCGAUUUUGGGGCUGGAGCAGGGGCUGAGCGAGGAGCAGAUCAGAGGCGCCUGCAGGCAGCUCCUGCUGGCACUGCAGUACCUGCACGGCUGCAGCAUCAUCCACAGGGACAUCAAGGCUGGCAACGUCCUGCUCACCCUCGAUGGGGACAUCAAGCUGGCUGAUUUUGGGGUCUCGGCCAAGAACUCCAGCUCUGGCCAGCGGCGCGUGUCCUUCAUCGGCACCCCAUACUGGAUGGCCCCGGAGGUGGUGCAGUGUGAGGUGUCCAAGGAGAACCCCUACAGCUGCAAGGCUGACAUCUGGUCACUGGGCAUCACCCUGAUCGAGAUGGCCGAGAUGGAGCCCCCCUACCACGAGCUGAACCCCCUCCGGGUGCUGCUGAAGAUCACCAAGUCCCAGCCACCCACCUUGAGGCACCCCAAGAGGUGGUCUGAAGACUUCAAGGACUUCCUGAGGAGAUCCCUGCAGAAGAGCCCUGAGGAGCGCUGGUCAGCAUCCCAGCUCCUGCAGCACCCCUUUGUGAUGGGCACCUCGGGCAAGCGGCCGCUCCAGGAGCUGGUGGCCAAGGCCAGGGCUGCUGCUGCUGCUGAAGAGGAUGAGGAGGAAGGUCCGGUCCUCUCGGAGCAUGAAGACCCCUCCUGCCCCCCAGCACCAUUGGAUGCGAUGGGGAGAGUCAGUGAGGGGCUGAGCAUCUCCUCUGGUGCCCCGAUGGUGGCGGAGCCCAGCACCAGGGGAGCAUCGGAUGUCCUGAAGCAGAAGAGAAGAUCCUCACCCCAGGCCAGGCUCUCCAUGAGGCUCCCCAAGAGACCUUCGGAGCUCCUGCAGCUGAUGCGGCGCAGGUCCUGCUUUGGAGGGGUGAGGUCCCAGGAAGCACCUAGGGACCAGCAUGGGGCAGAGCAGGGUGGGAUGGAGGUGACGCCGAUGGAUGCUCCUCAAGGGACGUCAGCCCCAGCAGAUGCAGGAGGAGAAGCUCCAGGGGGUCACAAUGAGAUCGGCCCUCUGGGGACCCACUGCAGCGUGGCUGAGAUCCCCUCAGCACCACAGCGGGCAGGAGACCUUGUGGGGCUGCAAGAGCUGGAGGCAGAGCCAGAUGGACCCAAGGCAGGGCCGGUUGGACCCAAGGCAGUGCCCCAGGAGGAAACCCAAUGUGCUGACACAUCAUCAGUGGCCACAAUGCCCAUGGAGGGGUGGCUUGAAGUCCACCCAAGCCCCGCUUCCAUCCCCAAGAGCAAUGCAGCAGAGGAAUCAAGCAGAGACCCCUCUCUGGCCCUGCCUGCACCCAUGGAUGGGCACUGGUGCAGAGCCUCGGCCGUGGGGCAGAUGAUGGCAGCCCUGGACCUGUGGAGCAUGAGGAGCAAACCCCAGAGCUCUGUGGUGCUGGCAGAGCAUCAGCACCGGGUUACUCGGUCACUGCAAGACCUGAAGCCCAGCGCUGAGCCCAUGGACCCGGGUGAGCAGGAGGAGGAAGCCACCGGCAAUGCUCAGCCUGGGGUGGAAGAAGACCUUGUCCAAGGGUCUUUGGUUGGAGACCAUAAAGCGGAGGGAGAUGCAGAGGCCAGAGCUGGGGAAGGGAUGCUGGAAGAAGAAGAACUGGAGCCAACCUCUGCAGCGUGUGCAGGGCAGGGACCUGCAAGGGAAGAGACCCAGAAUUCCUCCUCCAUGGGGAUCCCUGAUGAAGAAGAAACAGAAGAGAAAGUGGGAAACAGCCCCAGGGACGAGGCAGGAGUUGGGAAUGACUGGAAAGAAGAGGAGGAAAAUGAUGGAGAGCUUGGAGAAGACGGGAUGCAAAUUGCUCCAGCUCCUGAAGAGCCAUCGAAGGAUGGACCUAGAGAGGAGAUGGGUGGUUUGGAGGCUCAGGGAGCAGCACCAGAGCCCCAGGAGGCCUUUGGUGGACAUCCAAAGGCCAUAAAAGGUGUGAGGUUCAACGCUGCCCUGGGCCAGGUCUCUUCCCAGGCACAGGCAGUGUGGGAAGUGGAUCCAUCCCUCACAGCAAGGCAUGGAGAGGAGCACCCUGCAGAUGGGCAAGGUCCAAGCAUCCUCCCUGCAGCACCGGAGCCUUUCCCUUUGACUGGAGAAGCCCAGGAGAUGCAGGAACCUGCCUCGCUCCAAGGGACGGUCAAGGAACCCCCCAGGUUUGGGGUGGAUGGGGAGGACGUCAGCGCAGUGACCACCGGAGCCAUGGGCAAGGCCGGGAUGCGGGAUGGGAUGAUGCGCUGUGCUCGGCGCCAGGAGCUCCGUGAGCUGCGGGUGCUGCAGAAGGAGGAGCAGCGAGCUCAGAGCCGGCUGGAGCACAAGUUCCACCACCAACGGGAGCAGAUGUUCCGCCACAUCGAGCAGGAGAUGAUGAGCAAGAAGGGGUUCUAUGACCGGGAGGUGGAGAGCUUGGAGCGGCGUCACCGGCAGCUGAAGGAGCACCAGGAGCUCAAGUACAGGGUGAAGCUGCAUGAUGAGGCCAAACACCUCAAGUCCCUCCAGAAGGGCUGUGGGAGGAGGAUGCAGGAGCUGAAGGGUGAUGGGAGAGAGGUGAGGUCCUUCCAUUGCUCCCCCCAUGAGCAGCAGCAGGAGGAGCUCAAUGAAGCCUUGCAGAGGGUGGUCCAGGAGCACAAGAAGAAGAUGAUGUCCAUUGACUGGGAGUACAGCACCCGGAUUCACAGCCUCAGGAGAGCCCGCGAGUCGGUGGUGUGGAGCAUGGAGCAAGGGCACCUGCAGGAGAAGUACCAGCUCUUCAGGCAGCAGGUGAAGGAGCAGCACGCGGUGCAGAGGCUGCAGCUCCGCAAGCGCCACGAGAAGGAGAUGGAGAGGAUGAGCCGCUUCCACCAGCUCCUGCUGGAGGCGCUGAGGAGCCAGCAGGCGCAGGAGCAGGCUCAGCUGCUCAAAAGCCAGCGCUGCACCACCAAAACCCUCCUGGCCCUCUUCAAGGACAACCUGAAGAUGCAGGAGGCUGCUGGGGGCAAGCAGAGCAAGAGGGCCAUGCAGUUCGCACAGCAGGAGGAGAGGUGGCAGCAGCUACAGCAGCAGCAGGCUGAGAACCUGGCAGAGCUGGAGCAGAUGCAGAGUGAGAAGAUGCAUCUCCUGGCCGAGCAGGAGCAGAGGCAGCUGGGGCAGCUGGACCAGGAGCACGCCAUGGAGCUCAGCGCAUGGAGGCAGUGGCUGGCGGCCCGCAUGGAGGUGCUGGAGGAGGAGCUGCAGAACGCGCUGCUGGAGCUGCACAGUGCUCCCAGCAGCAUCGGGACCACUCAGUGCUCCCACCUCCCCUCCUGACACUGCAGGCAGGUCCCAUGGCUCUUCGGGGACAUGGGCCUUAAGGAUCUCCAAGGCAACGUGGGGAACAGUAGCCCUGGGAUGCUGGGCAGGAUGUGGUAUGGAUCAGGAGCUGGUUGGGCCAAGCCCACCCUUGCUGUGCUGG